GUUUUGUUGAACUGUGACUCUGAAGUGGUUACGGGGACAUGAAGUGGUGUCGUGAUGUGAUGGAGAGGAGAAGAUCAAUGCGAUCUAUAAAGACCACAGCGAAGACGUUGAUCUACUGUAGGCAAGUAUCUUUCCCCUCAGAACAACCACUCCCAUCAACCAUCAGGUUUUCAUGAUCAAACAUUACUCAAACAUCAUGAACUUCAUCCUCACCCUCUCCAUACUGGCCACACUGGCCACAGCCUCACCGGCUCCCGCCCCAGCCUCUGCACUGUACGGCUGCACCGAAGGCCUGAAUUACUGCGGCCACACUCUUCUCAACAUGGGCUGGCCCCGUGACAAUAUCAUCGACGAUUGCAGCGGUAGACCCGACUGGCUCACUGCCAACAGCGUGGACAAUGUCCUCUUUCAUUGCACAAGCGGAGACUACCUCACGUUUAUUGAGAGCUGCAAUGCACCUGGUACUUGCGUGGAUGCCGGUUCUGGUAAUAGCGAUUAUUGCAGCUAAGAUCAUCUUGAACAAGGUGACGGUCUAAAAAGGUGUUUGGCAAGAAAUUGAUACAGAGGCGAGAGCUGGUGAAAGUGAUGGAUGAAAUUGCUCGGUACCGGAGGAUUUUCCCCAGGUGGAAAUAAUAUCUACUACCAGGUAGUUUUUUGAGACUUCAAGUUCAACACUUGAAAAAUGUUAUCACUCAUUUUCCCUA